GGUUUUUAACUGUAAGGAAAUCCCAUGUGGCAAUAUGCAAGGUCAUCUUACAUCAAGAUUAUUUUGCAAACAAACUAAUCAUGAGGUUCUUUCUAAUUACGGCAAUAGUACUUGCCAUAGGACUAGCACAGGCUGAACAGAGACAAAAACGACAAGCUGCUUAUGCUGGAUAUAGUGGAGGCACCUAUGACGGUGGAGCACAACAAUAUCGUGCACAGGCACCACAACAAGCGUAUCAACCACAACCACAAAGUUAUGGAGGAGGCCAACAAGUCCAACACUAUCCUGCCCAACAAGCACGUCCACAACCCGCACGUCAACAUGGUGCUGCUCCAGAUCAAGAAGAAAAAGAAGAAGGACCUCAUCCAUUGCAAUUACUUCUUGAGAAAUCUAAGUUCGAUUGCGGUGGGAAAUCUGAUGGUUACUACGCAGACAGUGACGUAGGGUGCCAAGCUUUCCACUAUUGCGUAACUGGACAAAAACAUUCCAUGAUGUGCCCAGCUGGAACUGUUUUCCAUCAAGUCCACUUGAACUGCGUACCUGAAGAUCAGGAUAUUUGCUCUAAGGCUGACAAAUUCUACUUCGUAAAUAACUAUUUGAACAAACCUUUGGAACAAAGAGGUCCAAACAACACCGUCCAAUACCACCAAAGGUAUUACCCUGAAGGAUACGCUGUAGGUGAUCCUUUCGUUCCUCCCCAAGAAGCCAACAGAGAUCAGAGACAACAACAACAACAACAGCCACCAGCAGCUACUUAUGGUUUGGGACCAGCUUACAGGGAACAAUCUCCUCAACCUCAACCAGCUUACCAACAAGUAGCUCCAGCCCACAGACCCCAGCCAGCCGCUCAUCGUCCAGCUCAGCCAGCACCUUAUGCACCACCUCAACAUUAUCCUGCUCAACCUAGACCAGCUCCAGUGUACCAACACCAAGCAGCUGCCAGACCUCAGCCUGCUCAACCAGCAGUUUAUGGAUAUGGAGCUCAACAAGAGCAGGCUUAUCAAUCCCAAGCAGCACAGGCUCAAAGAGCAUAUAAUCAGCAACAAUAUCAGGCUGCAGCCCCACAGCAGCAUUUGUACGCACAAGGUGCUCCAAGACAGCGCUACCAAUAAGUUUUUAGGAUUUAAUUAGGAAAUUGCAACUGUACAAUGAGAAAUAUUUUUCUUUUAUGUAGUGGUUAAGAUAAAGCGAUGGUGAUUACGAAUUUCAAAUCUAGUGCUUUUAUAUUAAAAUAAAUAAAACAACUAAAACUU